AUGAAGUCCCUGGCUAUUCUGUGCGGUCUCCUGGCCCUGGCGUGCGCCAAACCAACCGACAUCACCACAGCGCAUAACUACCACGAGAACAUUGGCAUCCCGGAGGCAACACGCAUCCUGCAGUUAGAGUCAGCUCUCGAUUUCGAUGGCUCCAGAAUCAUUGGAGGUGGUGCUUCUAACUUAGGAAACAACCCUCACCUGGGUGGACUUGUCAUUAAUUUGGUCGAUGGAAGAAGGUCAGUUUGUGGGUCUUCACUUCUUUCGCACACAAAGGCAGUCACGGCAGCUCAUUGCUGGUCUACCGGCCGUAUCCGCGCACGUCAGUUCACCGUUGUGCUUGGGUCUGUCCGUCUGUUCUCUGGAGGUGUCCGUAUUGUCACUAACAACGUCGUCAUGCACCCGCAGUACAGACCUAGUCCCCCUACAAACGAUGUAGCUGUUAUCACGAUGAACCACGUUAAUUACAAUAACCACAUCCAGCCUAUUGCUUUGGCUGCUGGUAACGAUGCGUUUGUUGGAACUUGGGCGGUUGCAGCUGGCUACGGCGCUACUUCUGACGGACAACAAGGCAUACCGAAUAACACUGUACAAAGACAGGUCAAUUUGAAUGUGAUUAGCAACGACCAGUGUCGCAGAACCUUCAAUUUCAUUCCUGCAUCCAUUAUUUGCGUCGACACCCAGGGUGGAAGAGCCAGCACUUGCGGUGGAGAUUCUGGCGGUCCACUUUCUAUUGGUAGCGGUAGCGGAAGGAGAUUGAUUGGUAUCACAUCCUUUGGACAUAUUUCGGGUUGCCAGCGUGGUCACCCAGCCGCCUUUGCCAGGGUCACCUCUUUCAACGCUUGGAUUCGAGGCCGCAUGUAA